UGAUCAAUUUUUUUUUUUUUUUUUGUAUGUCAUUCAGCUGAUCCAUGUAGACUGAUCCCACGUUUGUAAAAUGAACCAAGGACGAAUCUUUUUCUUUAUUGAUUUCAUAUCAAAUGGUCUUGAACUCUGAAACUUUUAUGCUUUUUUUGCUACUGAAUUCUCUCGCACACCUGAACUGGAGAAAAGAGUAAAAUAAAGGGAAUCACUCAUUCAGUUUGGGUUUUCAUCACUGACCAAUAUCAAUGUGUUAUAGUUCCUCUUGAAGCCAUUCUUUGCCUGUUCUUUUCAAGGUUUGAGCCAUUGCUUGAAUUGACAGUGGCUGACCAAAUCAGGAUCAGUCAAUGCCAUUCAACCAUGAUCCCUUGAUCCUUGAUUAUUUUUUGCUGAAAAGUAGCAAACUAGCAUGAAUACAUAUCAAGUCCAUAAAUUUUUUUCCAUGAAGUUUGUCCAUAUGUUGAGAAUUUUUUAUUUUCAAGUAUGAAUAUGUAAAAUUCUUUAUGUGCUUCAUUAUGGCAUUUACAUAUUGAACAAUGUUUUUUUACAUUUAUUUAUACUAUGUUUGGUUUUCUAUUCAAAUCUUCAUUUCUGUAAUAACAGUGUCGACUAUUUUUUUCCUAAUUGAAUCAGUUGAUCCAUCGUGGAUCGGAUUGGUAUUGUCCUACCCGUAUUGAUCCCAGUGUAGUAGUACUAGCCUGGUUGGGCCGAUAUGACGGGAAGCCGAGGCCAAGGAGAACCUGGCCAAAAUUGGUCUCCAGCUACAAUAUGGGUAUUUAGGUUAUUUCUUUUAUUUGGGGUUAUUGAUGUUAUUACUUCCCAUCCUGAACAUGAUAUAAUCAUUGGGAUUGACACAUUGGGGAAAGAAGAACUUCUAGUUCACAUUUCACAAGCACUGAAGAUAAAGAUUUGGGUGUGGCCAGAACGCUUGCAAACAAUGCACCUGCUUGGAUUUCAUGAUAUCUUCACAACAAAUACUUCUCUUACUAGGGUACGAGCUGUUCCUCGUUACAGUUUUAGCAUCAACACUCUUGAGGGAUUUAAUACAGUUCGCCCAACAAUUGGAAUUAUGCCUUCUGGUCUUCCUUGGGUGGUGAGAUCCUUCAAAGAGAAAGGCAAUACUCUUGCUUCUCUUCCAGUUUCCUACGAUAUUAGAAAAAAGGUGAACAUAGAUGUUCAGGCUCAUGUGAAUGAAAGUCAGCUGAAUGAAAAGCCACACCAUGCCCAUAGGUUUCAUCAUUACAUCUUCUCACUACCUUACUCUGAUCACUCAUGCUACGAUGAAAUACAGGAGUUUAUUCAGCUUGUCCAGCCAUCCAACAUGAGGGGUAUAGUUUCUUCGUUAUUUUGCCAAACUGACCCUAUGUACCAUUUUGGCAAUCUCUGUGUUACAAAUCAAAUACAUGAGCGGUCAUUCAAGAAAGUCAGAAGAGGUGAGGUAGAUGGAAGUGUCAAAGCUACCCAAAACAAACCUAUACUUGGAUGUGAAAAGAACCUUCAGACAAAAGCUAAGAGAAAGAGGACAGUAAAAAUUGACUUCUUACAUGUUCAUCUGCACAGGGUAAGUAUUCUCAGACGAGCAAGGCGUGGUGCAAAGCUUGCUGAAGUUGACAGUACUACUGAUUAAUCAGGUUUUAAAGAUAAGGAUGUCAGUUUGCAUUUGCAUAUGAGCAGGCUCAGACGUUUGGAGACAAGUAAGCCUUAGUGUAAAAGAUUGAUUAAAUUGAUGGUAUUAUUAGUCAGGGUUGUACACUAACAUCAUUUAAAUUGGAUAUAGAAAGUGCACAUAUGUACAAAUACGGCAUAUGCCAGCUGGAUUGUGAAUCAUUGAGUUUCACCUGAAAUUCAAGUUGUGUUGAUUUUUUUUUUUUUUUUU